CCUCGUCGAUGCGCCUCUUCCUUUUAUAGUUAUUUCUCGCCUGGCAGUCGCCGGGGCUGCUGCUGCUGCUGGGCCGCCGCGGCGGGGGCCGCUCGCAAACCUGUGGCGGUGACGUGAGACCCGCCAACCCGGAAGCGGCGGCGGCGGCGGCGGCACCCGAGGCUCCGAGGCUCCCAGGCUCCUGCGCUCCAGCGCCGGCGGCCGCGCUCCCCUCGCCGCUCGCCCGGGCCACCAGGAGAAGAAACUGAGGCCUGGAGUUUGAGUAAUUCGUUCAAGGUUACCAAGUUGAUAGAGGGACAAGAACAGAAUCACCAGCACUGGCUGAAGGUUUGCUGGCAUGGGUAAUCUCAUUAAGGUGCUAACCAGGGACAUAGACCACAAUGCAGCACAUUUUUUCUUGGACUUUGAAAGUACCUUAACAUGGGGAAUCUUCUUAAAGUUUUGACAUGCACAGACCUUGAGCAGGGGCCAAAUUUUUUCCUUGAUUUUGAAAAUGCCCAGCCUACAGAGUCUGAGAAGGAAAUUUAUAAUCAGGUGAAUGUAGUACUAAAAGAUGCAGAAGGCAUCUUGGAGGACUUGCAGUCAUAUAGAGGAGCUGGCCAUGAAAUACGAGAGGCCAUCCAACAUCCAGCAGAUGAGAAGUUGCAAGAGAAGGCAUGGGGUGCAGUUGUUCCACUAGUAGGCAAAUUAAAGAAAUUUUAUGAGUUUUCUCAGAGGUUAGAAGCAGCAUUAAGAGGUCUUCUGGGAGCCUUGACAAGUACCCCGUAUUCUCCUACCCAGCAUCUAGAGCGAGAGCAGGCUCUUGCUAAGCAGUUUGCAGAAAUUCUUCAUUUUACACUCCGGUUUGAUGAACUCAAGAUGACAAAUCCUGCCAUACAGAAUGAUUUCAGCUAUUAUAGAAGAACAUUGAGUCGUAUGAGGAUUAAUAAUGUUCCAGCAGAAGGAGAAAAUGAAGUAAAUAAUGAAUUGGCAAAUCGAAUGUCUUUGUUUUAUGCUGAGGCAACCCCAAUGCUGAAAACCUUAAGUGAUGCCACAACAAAAUUUGUAUCAGAGAAUAAAAAUUUACCAAUAGAAAAUACCACAGAUUGUCUAAGCACCAUGGCUAGUGUGUGCAGAGUCAUGCUUGAAACACCGGAAUACAGAAGCAGAUUUACAAAUGAAGAAACAGUGUCAUUCUGCUUGAGGGUCAUGGUAGGCGUCAUAAUACUCUAUGACCACGUACAUCCAGUGGGAGCAUUUGCCAAAACUUCAAAAAUUGAUAUGAAAGGUUGUAUCAAAGUUCUUAAGGACCAGCCUCCUAAUAGUGUAGAAGGUCUUCUCAAUGCUCUCAGGUACACAACAAAACAUUUGAAUGAUGAGACUACCUCCAAGCAGAUUAAAUCCAUGCUGCAAUAACAGUUCUGGAAUAAGCACCUGCUGUAGACAGAAGACAGUAUUCUGCAGUGACUGAGAAUGCACAGUUUUUAGUGAUUGCAAUUACUAUCUCAUUUACUCUUGCUUUUUAUUUCUUUCCUCUGUUCCUCUCCCUCUUUUUUAAUCAUAUUCUUGUUCUUAAGACUUCUUUUCUGUGCCAAAAUCAGUAAAGUUAUACUCUGAAGGGAUGUUGUCCUUUCAAACAGGCCAUCUAAGGCAGCUAAUUAUGCAUUGCAUUGGGGUCUCUACUGAGAAAAAUUCUGUGACUUGAACUAAAUAUUUUUAAAUGUGGAUUUUUUUUGAAAACUAAUAUUUAAUAUUGCUUCUCCUGCAUGGCAAAACUGCCUAUUCUGCUAUUUAAAAACCCUCAAUGACUUUAUUUUCUACUGCCGCUUUUUUCAUGUGCAGCCAAAAUGAAAAUGUUUAAAUUAACUGUGUUGUACAAAUGGUACCCAACACAAACUUUUUUUAAAUUAGUAAGACUUUUGUUUAAAGUUUUAAGUUUGCAUUUUGACUUUUUUUGUAAGGAUGUAUGUUGUGUGUUUAACCUUUAUUAACUAAUGUUAAAAACUGUGAUGUGUGCGUAGAAUAUUACGUAUGCAUGUUCACGUUUAAAGAAUGGCUGUUGAUAAAAUAAAAAUCAGCUUUCAUUUUUCUAAG